AUGAGAGAAGUCAUUCGUGUUAGAGACUUUCCUCAAAGUAAAGUACAAGAAAUUUCUGACGCAACAGGUAUAGCAUUUAAUGUUACCAUUGGUUAUUUCAAUGACUCAAGACAUAAUGAAAUAAAGAGAUAUAUACCAAAAGAAUGUGAAACUGUUAGAACUAUUGACUUACUUCUUGUUGAAGACCACUACAUGCUAAACGAAAGAUUACCAAUGACAACAUAUUUCAUUCGCAACUAUAUAGAAAUUCUCAAAGCUUGUGGUGGAAUGAACAUUGAGAAACAAAUGAAGAUUUAUACAAAGAGAGAAGAUAAAUAUGUAGUUCGUUAUGAUAGAACAACACCGUUAUGGGAUGUUAUGAAAACAUUGUGGGAGUGCAAAUAUUUCGAACCUAUUUCUUAUGGAGAACUUUUCACAUAUACGACUGACUUAUAUAAACAGAACCUUGCACCAUUUAAAGAUUUGACAUAUGCUCCAAAGUAUUGUGUACAACUGAAGAAGAAAGCCGAGUCAAAAGAAGUAAAUAAAAAUAAGUGCAAGUUCAUUCCUGAGCACGUUUUCUUUGCUGACUUUGAGUGCAGUACCGAUGGCUUUCAUAAAGCUUUUAACAUAUGUUACGACAGUGAAGAUGGUUCAGUGAGUGAAAGCAUUUGGGGUCAGAACUGUGCAACAGAAUUUUUGGAGCGACUUCCUGACAAGAGUUUAAUAUAUUUCCAUAACCUCAGUUAUGAUAUAAACUUCAUCUUAAGACACAUGACAGAAGUGAAAGGAACUCCCAUCAUUAAAGGUUCACGAACAAUGCAAAUAACUGGCUUAUAUAAAGGAAGGACAAUUAUUAUAAAAGACUCUUACAGUGUUAUAAAUAAGAAGCUUAAACUAUUUCCUGCUAUGUUUAACUUACAAACAGGACCGAAAGAAGUAUUUCCAUAUAACUACUACAGCAGUGUUUUGUUAGCAAAUGACAACAGAACUGGUGUCAUUUCUGAAGCAUGUAAAUUUAUCCGGGAUGCAGAUACAUUCAUGAAAAACAUAGAUUCCAUCAAAGGUUGCAGAAUAGAUGAGAACCACUUCGACUUAGAAAAGUAUAGCACAUUUUAUUGCAAACAAGAUGUAAGAAUUUUAAGAGAAGGUUUUGUUAAGUUCCGCAAUGACAUAUUGAAAGAAUUUGAUUUAAACGUUUAUGACUACGUUAGUAUUUGUUCAAUUGCUAACAAAUUAUUUGAGAACAGAGUGUACUUCCCGAAUGGAAAUUUAUAUGACCUCUCAAAUAAACCAAGAGAAUUUAUUUCGAGAUGCAUUCAAGGUGGAAGAUGUAUGUUGUCAGAUAACAUGAAACAAAAGAG